ACAUAACCUCAUUUCUCUCUUGAGUUUUUUAAUUUUUGUUGGUAAAUAAAACCGAUUUUAGUAAAUAAACUAAAUCUACAUCAAACAAAAAGUAAACUUAUGGGAAAAAUAAUAUUAAUAAGUUCACAUACAAACUUCCAAUCCUAUAGCCAAUAGUGAUCACAAAACAAGUAUAAAAUGGAAGCUGAUCCUGAGGGAAAUUCAGACCCGAUAAGAGAAAAGGUGCUCUACUUAGAUUUCAACAGUAAAUUACCAAAGCACCUUUUGAAAAAUGAGAUUUUUGUUCGUUUAGCCAACUUAAAUGAUGAACACCCAGUUGUUCAAGUAAACGACAUGAUUUUUGAAGGUUCAUAUGACUACUGUCUAGGCACAAACAUGUUUUUGGAAAAAUCAACCGAACCACCCGCAGAAGACGAUUUUCCAUUUCCCGAAAAGGCCCCUUUUAAGUUUAAGUUGACCGAAUGUACCCCAAAAAUAUUAAACCUUAAGGAAAUGAAACUUCCAACUUCUAUUGAACAAUUAUUUAUAGCUAAAAGUAACGUUCAAUACAAUUGGAGUUAUGAUUAUAAGGAGUUACUUAAACAAUUUGAAAACGGAACUUUGGAUUUAAACGAUUUGGUCAAGAAAGACGAUCAGGGAGAAGAAAAGCUUGUAGCACAUAAAACAAUCGAACCUGAUGAAGAAAAUAAAGCAGAGAAGCCUGAAGAGGAUUGUCCAAAAGAAACUAUUGAAAGUAUCAUGGAUAUAUCGGAUUUAUCUAAAGUAGACGUUCCAGAACAGGUGUUGACCGACGAUUUAAAACGAGAAUAUGAGAAACUACAAUUAUUAGCACGAACUCCUGUGCGUAGAGCCAUUCCAGUUGAAGAAGCACCUUGCGAUCCACAAUUUCGAAAGGAGUAUGAUUAUAAAAGUAUCGAGUGUAAGAUACUAAAACCUCCGCUCUUCUCUUAUCUAAAACAUGCAAAAAAAAGUACACAUUUUGAGGACUGUAUAAACUUGGACAGGUGUGUUACCUUGGGACUUUUAUCUCCAUCUAAGUCGCACCCAAGAGUUUUAACAGAAGAAGAGAAGACCAAACUAAUGAGGAUAGAAAACUUUGAAAACUUAGACUUGACCGCUCGAUAUUCGGUGAUUUCGAUGUACAUUGAAGAGUUGGAAUUACACAUAAGCAGAAACACACCGGAGCAAAAUGCCGCUAAAGACGAGUUCGGUCGUAGUCCGGUUGAAACGUUGGAGAUUUUUAGAAGACUUGCGGCAGCUCUGGAGAAGCGGAUUGAAGAAAUAAAUACUGCUUAGUUGUUUAGUCUUCCUUGUUGUUUUAAUUAAAUGUAAAUAUGUAUGAACUGUAA